AUGUCAGACUCACAACAUACAGCCUCUCAUGAGGAAGCAGUGGCAGCACGAUUGCCAUUGGGCUACAGAGAUCAAUGCAGCGCUCUCUUGAUCCCACUAAACAAGUGCCGUCGUGAUACAUUAUACGCUCCUUGGAAGUGCGAGGAUGAAAGACACACAUACGAAAAAUGUCAAUACGACGACUUCAUCCGGCGGCAAAAGGAUCUUUCCAAAAAGAUCCUAGCAGAACGAUCAGAGGAUGAUUAA